UCGGGUUUCCAACCCCGGCUGCCUGGGGCCCUGGAGCGUUGAGGGUGUGGGCGGUUUCCUGCCUAUCCUGGACUGACGCUCCGCCUGGGUCCCAGCCGCCUGCCCCCCCCAACUCUUCCCUGAACUCCUCUUCCCCACACACACCCUAAACCCGUGUGCAGGGCCUGCUUGUAUGGAUCCCAAAUCUCCUGAACCCUCGACCGGUGUCGUCUCGAUUCCAAGCCAGCCGCCCAGCGCGCAUUCCGGGCCUGGUGCUCAGUGUCCCAGCGCAGGAGGCGACGCAGGCACCAUGAGCCAGGACACCGAGGUGGACAUGAAGGACGUAGAGCUGAACGAGCUGGAACCCGAGAAGCAGCCGAUGAACGCGGCGUCUGGGGCGGCGGUGGCCGCGGUCAUAGCAGGCGGCGUCGAAAAGAACGGUCUGGUGAAGAACAAGGUGGCCGACGACGAAGCGGAGGCAGCCGCCAAGUUCACGGGCCUCUCUAAGGAGGAGCUGCUGAAGGUGGCGGGCAGCCCCGGCUGGGUGCGUACCCGCUGGGCGCUGCUGCUGCUCUUCUGGCUCGGCUGGCUCGGCAUGCUGGCGGGCGCCGUGGUCAUAAUCGUGCGCGCGCCGCGCUGCCGGGAGCUGCCGGCGCAGAGCUGGUGGCACAAGGGCGCCCUCUAUCGCAUCGGCGACCUUCAGGCCUUCCUGGGCAGCGAAGCGGGCAACCUAGCUGGCCUCAAGGGGCAUCUCGAUUACCUGAGCACCCUGAAGGUGAAGGGCUUUGUGCUGGGCCCAAUUCACGAGAACCAGCAGGAUGACGUCAGUGGGACCAACUUGGAACAGAUCGACCCCACUCUGGGCUCCAAGGAAGAUUUUGACAGCCUCCUGCAAUCGGCCAGGAAAAAGAGCAUCCGGGUCAUUCUGGACCUCACUCCCAACUACAGGGGCCAGAAUUCAUGGUUCCAGCCCACUCAGAUUGACACUGUGGCCACCAAGAUGAAGAAUGCUCUGAGUUUUUGGCUGCAGGCCGGCGUGGAUGGGUUCCAGGUUCGGGAUGUGGAGAAUCUGACGAAAGCUUCUGCAUUCUUGGCUGACUGGCAGAACAUCACCAAGAGCUUCAGUAAAGAUAAGCUCUUGAUUGCAGGAACCGAGUCCUCCAACCUUCAGGAUAUCCUGAGCCUAUUCGAAUUCGCUAAGGACCUGUUGGUGACCAGCUCAUACCUGUCAGGCUCCAAUUUCACUGGGAAGGAUGUAAAAUCCCUGGUCACACAGUAUUUGAACGUCACUGAGCGUCGCUGGUGCAGCUGGACUUUGUCUCAGGCGAGGCUCCUGACUUCCUCGGUGCCGGCUUACCUCCUUCGACUCUACCAGCUGUUGCUCUUCACCCUGCCAGGGACCCCGGUUUUCAGCUAUGGGGAUGAGAUUGGCCUGCAGGAAGUUGCCCUUGCAGGACAGCCUGUGAAGGCCCCUUACAUGCCGUGGGAUGAAUCCAGCUCCCUCAGCACCUCAGGAUCUAUAAGCUCCAACAUGUCGGUGAAGGGCCAGAGUGAAGAUCCUGGCUCCCUCCUUGCGCUGUUCCGGUGGCUGAGCGACCAUCGGGGCAAGGAGCGUUCCCUGCUACACGGAGACUUCCAUGCACUGUCCUCAGGGCCCAGCCUCUUCUCCUACGUCCGCCAGUGGGACCAGAACAAGCGUUUCCUGGUAGUCCUCAACUUUGGGGAUGUGGCCCAACCUGCCAGGUUGGGGGCCUCCAGCCUGCCUGCCAGCGCCAGCCUGCCAGCCAGGGUUGACAUGCUGCUCAGCACCCAGCCAGGCCGUGAGGAGGGCGCCUCGCUGGAGCUGGAGAACCUGAAACUGGAGCCCCAUGAGGGGCUGCUGCUCGGCUUCCCCUAUGUGCCCUGACAGGGACCCACUCGCUACCCUUCCCCGCCCCUCCUCAGGCUCUUCGCAUUCUGGUGUCCCUCCCCUCCCCUGCCCUCUUUUUUUUUUGUACUGUCACAGAUUACAGAUGAACUCCAAAUAGGGUGUUUUCUGGCUUCCAAUAAAAGUCACCCUGACCUGGUGAGA